GUGUGGGGACCCGUAGAGGCAGUGUGGGAGAGGAAGUAGCAAGCAGCAGGAAUCCUGUGGACGGGGGAGACAGGAACAGCUUUGAAGGCACAGAUCUGAGAUGUGCUUGCCUUACUCUUAAAAAGCCGCUACAAUGACCAUCAAGAAAGACAAGAAGAAGAUGACUGAGCGGAUAGUAAAUCAUGCGCUGGAGAUAAUCUUCCUGCUUACUGGAGAGGAAUACAUAAUAAUGAAGAAGAAUGCUCCCCAAAGCAUACACCUUCUGACUGGAGAGGUGCAUAUAAAGAGUGGGGAUGCUGCUGUGUAUUUUUCCACGGAAGAGUGGGAAUAUAUAGAAAGACACAAGGAGUCUUACAAGGAUGUUAUGAUGGAGACCCUCGGUACCUUGGGAAUCCCAACCAGCAAGACCUCCGGUAAAAUUGUCACUGAGGUUGCAUCAGAUAAGGAACAAAAAGAAGAAUCAUUUGCAAUAAGGAGACUGGACACAGAAGUGCAGGAAAUCAAAGAAAAUUCUGGCCCUGGCAGGAGUAAGCCAGGUUUUGAACCAGACAUUGAUCAGAGCGAGGCACGUGCAGUAAUAUGUGUGGAAGAUAAAGAACAGGAAAUCUGUAUAAAUGACGACUCAGGUGAAAUAAAUGAAAUUGUGUCAGACAUUGAAAAUAAAGGGGAGCCAUAUGCAGAGAGAAGCCUGGAAGACACUGUGCAGAUAAUCUGUGUGAAUGCUGACUCAGGUGAAUCCUCAAGUGUGGAUAUUUUGGAAGAAUCCCAGCCUGCCACAUGCAUAUCAGAUGAUGACACGGGCAAAAUCAACCCAGAAGUUGCAAGAGACGUGGAAGAAAAAGUGAAGCAAUGUGCAGUAAGAUGCCUGGAUGAUGAAGAUGAGGAAGUUUGUGUGAGCUCCGGCUCAGGUGGGUCUUGGAGCAGAAGAAUGUCAGGAGAAUACCAAACAGCCGUAUGCAUAUCACACGAGCUAGCAAAAUAUGAAUCCGGUGUGUUUCACGGGCUUCAAGCAGAAAAUGCUAAGGGGAACCUGGCUUUGUGGAAAAGAGGAGACACCAUAUUUGCUCCGCAGCCUUAUCAAUGUAAAGAGAAUGCAUUGGCUGUGAAUGAGAAGUUUGACUAUAGCAGCGAAGAGGAGGCUAUAAAACAUAAUAAUAGAGAGAAGACAAUCUGUGCUAAAGGGCCCUCUGGCAAAUCACCUUGUGAAUACUACACUCUUGCUGAAGACACACCUUUUAAUUGUGAUGACGUUAGUAAUUCCUAUAUGAGCGCUCAGCAGAUAGGACACAAUGACGAUACAGUGUAUGAAUGUACUGAAGGUGAAAAACAUUUUUCUUAUGAUUCUAUUUUUAGUAGACAUCAACUAAUUCACACAAAAGAGGAGCCUUGUGCUUCCACUGAUUUUGACAAGUGUUUUACCGAUAACCCACAUGAGGUUACGCAUUACAUGGAUAGUUCAGGAGAGAAACCCUUUAGUUGUAACGAUUGCGGACAGUGCUUUACAAGAAGGUCAAGUCUUCUUAGACACAGUAAAUUCCAUAGCGGAGACAAACCAUAUACAUGCCUUGUAUGUGGGAAAUGCUUCUCAAACAAGUCCCAUCUUGUGGCACACAGGAGAAUUCACGAGGGAGAGAAGCCAUAUGCUUGCCCUGAAUGUGGGAAAUGCUUUGCUAACAGGUCCUAUCUGUCUGUGCAUAAGAGAACUCAUACAGGAGAGAAGCCCUAUUCGUGUCCUGAGUGUGGCAAGCGAUUCACUGCCAUGCAAAGUGUUGUUAGGCACCGGAGAUCUCACACCGGAGAGAAGCCGUAUGCGUGCGGUGAGUGUGGGAAACGUUUCACUAGAAGGUCAUGUCUCAAUAGGCAUAACCGAUCCCACAUGCGGGUGAAACCUUUUCCCUGUGCAGAAUGCGGCCAGUGCUUCACAAACAAGGCACUUCUGGAUGCGCACAAAAUCACACACACAGGGGUAAAGCUCUACUCUUGCACGGAGUGUGGCAAAUGCUUCACCCAAAUGGCAGCCCUCAUCGUGCACCACCGGUCUCAUAUAGAAGAGAAUCCCUGAAGAUCUCUUAACCUCAGCACAACAGGACUCAUGCAGGAAAGGGUCUUAUCAGGUGAGAAUUACUUGAAAAAGCACUUCAUUUCUGUUACAUACCAGCAAACUCAUGCUGGGAAGAAUCCACGUUUCCUUUUAUUAAAGGGAACUGCUUGGCAAACGUUGUGCAAGAGAGAACUCACAGGUGAGAACAGAAACAGCAAAUAUAUUGAAUAUUACUUUACAUUGGGGAGGGCAGAACUAUAGUGCUUGGAAUUUCCAUGAAAAAUAAUCUUAUUUAAAAAUCUAGUUGUUCUUCUGUAAAAGAGCAUGUUGCAGCAUUCAGAGGGAUAGAUGUACAACUUCUGACAUUCAUUUCUACAACAUGGUGCUUGAGGAAAUUCUUCAUUUUGUUUUACCCUUUUCCUCUCUACCCGAGAAGUCCACUGACUGUAAAUGUGUAAUAAACUAAAAAGAUGUAAUGUAACAAAAGGUGCAAAGUUUGCUCUUAGUCUUGUAACCCAUAGCAACCUAUAAGUAAAGUGGCAUUAUCUGGUCUGUUGUUUGACAUGAAAUGCCUGCUUGGUUAUUAUGGGUCACUAGAGCUGAAUAAACUUUGCAUUUGUUAUUACCUUAUCCCCCUCCCUGGGUUGAGUUCUAAUAAGUAGGCUGCUUUGCUGCAGAGCUAGGAGAAACACAUGAAUAAUAUAGAAGUGCCAAAAUGAUGGACCUGGAGCUAUUAAAUAUGUAUUAUUCCUAACUAAACACUAAAGUUUGUAGCACUUAAAUAUCAAGGUUAACUUAUUAUCUUCUAAAGGGCUCAUGCAUUCCAUUAGAUUUUAGUGAAAUUCACUAGUGAAAAUGGAGGCAAAAAUAUAAUUAUCUGAAAUCAGACCAUACAGCAAUGUUGUUUCAGCUCUUAGAGGCACAUUUGUUAAACCUUGUGGUUGGAAAAUCAUGGGUUGUUUUGUAGGUCAAUGUAAGCUGAUUGCAUUCCCCCUUGCCUGAUGCAAUUUUCACAAUUUAUGAUACAAUAAAUGUGACAUUUUUAAAAGUGUUAUAUUGCUGGUUCUGAUCUACAAGUAUACCAUAGAAGAAGGGAAGGGGAAGGUUACUUUUCGAUCAGGAUCUUUUAUUUCCCUUUUGAAAUUUGUUGUCACCUCAGUUGGCUUUAAAAUGCAGUGAAUGCUGCAAUUUGCCAAAAUGAUCACAAUUACUUUCUGUAAUUAUAUCUAUUGUGAUUAACCCAUUAGAAUUUUUUUUUUUUUUAAAAAGUCAGAAUUUUGACAUAUUGUGAUUAUGUCAAUGGAGAUGGACCUUGAUUAUCCACAAUUUUUAAUUCACGUGCCCUUAGAGUCUGAUUGUAUAGUGUGCAUGGAGCCAUUAGAUAUUAGAGAUAAUAAUGGUUUUACCCAACAAGUAUGGGCAGCUAAUGAUGGCCUACAGACUGCUAGAGCCUAAGGCAGAUUUAAAGAAAUCAUUUUGGAUGCACGGUGUUGCGCUUGGUCUUACCCUUAAGUCUACUCAGUCUGUAGCAAACAUGAACCUAUUUAGUAGAAGUGUUAGCUCCUUCUUUUUAAAGUUUAUUCAAAAAAAAGUGUUAUUGUGUUUUUUAAUAAAACAAAUGGAAAGAUGGAA